AUGGCUCAUAAUACUAGCAAUGCUACUAAUAACUCUACAGUAUAUGAUUUAGCUAUUAAAUGUGCAAACCGUCAAAUUAGUUCUGUAGAUUUUUUAAAUCUAUAUAAUGAAUUUUACAAUGAAAACUUGGCACCAAAAUAUAUUGACAAUGAUCAAUCUACAAAAGAGGAGAAUUUUCAAUUGGUUAAGAUAUACAAUGAGUUGUCUGAUGAUUUUAUAAAGAUAUUAAAUUCGAAUGGUAACCUGUUGCUAGCCGAAUAUAUGGUUCAAAUUUUAUUUAUAAAUUAUGAUUCCAAAUUAAUGCAUGAAUUUAUACCAAAGAUCUAUUCUAUUACAAACAAUUCAAUGUUAUUUCAUUUUUUUUCAAAGAUAUGUGUAUUUUUGUUGAAAUUAUCUGAUAAAUUAAUCUUAGAUCAAAUUGCCAAAGAUAGUGCAGAUUUAAUUAUUCCCAAUGUUCUAUCUCUAAAUUUAAAUAAUAUGGCUAAUGAAUUAAUCGUUUCGAUUGCUAAAUUCUUACAGCUAUUAAUUAUGAAAAUUGUAGAAGUUAAUAAUGCAAAUAGUAAUAAUACUGCAGCUGAUAGUGCUAAUGGUAAUCAUCUCAAUAACUCUCCAAACACAACGAAUUCUCAUAUAAGCGGUUCUACAGCUAGCAAUAUGCAUUCUAUUAUGAUCCUUUCUGAGAAUUCGAGAGAAAAUUCUUUAAAUUUAAUUAAUAAACUGAAUUCUAUUAAUAAAUUACUAUGUAAAAAAAUAACUCAACUAUUUGAUUCUAAUUUAUCUUUCAAAGAUUCUAAACCGUUAUUUCCCAGAGAUUUACAACAUGAAUAUGCAAGAUCACCUUCAAUUUCUUCUCCUCAAUUUAUUUCAAGUCCAAAACCCUCUCUCAAGACACCAGCAAAUACAUCUAACAUUGGUUUAAAUUCUACUCAGCAUAGAUAUACAAAGCUUUUGAGAUAUUAUAAAAAUAUAUGGUUGAAUAACAAGAUAAUUAAUUGGGAAACAUUUGAUUCAAAUUUUUUAAGAAAAUAUUCCUUGAUAUUUUCAAAUAUUUCAAAAGAUUCAAUCUCUGCACCAUCCACAAUUGGCAAUUUAUUAAUGGACUUAAUUGAUACUUCAUUUAUUUGUUUUGCUCAAUUUGUUAGUAAUAAGCAAUAUCAUCAGUCAAAUUCUAAUUUUACUCUAUUAGAGAAAAAAUGGAUUACUUUUAUCACAAAACAUAUACCUUUAUUAAUUUUAGAACAUGUAUCAAAUAUUAAUAAUCCUACCUUCAAUAUUGGAGGUAAUAAUGUUAAUUCAAAUAAUACUGCUCAAACAAUUGUAACAAAUGUUUUAUCUAAAAUGGAUGAAAAAAUUAUUAAAGCUUUAAAGUCAUAUGCAGCUGAGAAAGAAGAUUUCAAAACGAGAACUGAAGAUUUAUUUGAUGAUUAUCCUUCCAAUAAUCUUGACAUUAGACAUGAUUUUAUUAAAAAUUUAGUUAUGCUUGGAUUACAACCAGCAUCAUUAAUAAAUGAAUAUUUAAUUGAAGACCAAAUGAUUGAUACACAUACUUUAUUAAUUAAUGAUGAUUUAAUCGUCCAAAAUACUCAAGGAAUUGACGAAAUCAUUUAUGAUUCUAAAUUAUUCGUUGAAAAUGCUUUAAAUUCACUGGAGUCUGAUUUUUUAAAUAUUGAAAAUAUCCCCAUGGUUAAUGGUUUACAACAGGUUUUGAAUAAUUUUGACAAUAUUGCACCCACAAGACAAAAAGAAAUAUCUACUAUAAUAUUAAAUGUUUUAUUAAAAUCAGUGAAAGAAUUUGAUUGUAUUAAGGUUAGUAGAAUUUGUUCAUUAUUAUCAUUUAACUUUUCACAUUCUUUAAACACAAUAUUGACGUACAUCAAACCAUUUAAAAUUGCAGAAAUACUAAUGGAAUUUAUUGAUAUUAAAUGGGAAAAGAUGAAUGAUAUUAAAAAAAAGGAAUUAGGAGACGUUGAACAAGAAAUAUUGUAUUUGUUUUCAUCAUUUGGUUGGUCCUUGGUAUUAUUAAUUACACUUUACAAAACAUAUGAUAUAUCCUUGGUUGAAGUUGCUUCCAUAUCUAAAUAUUUAAACACUAAGAAUUCCUUUGUUAUUGAAUUUAUUACAAAGUUACCUGAAAUCCCAGAUGAUUUACAAUUUCAUAAAGCUUCAGAGGAUGAUAAUAGUGAAUCAGAAAAUCUUUACCCCUUAGUACAAAAUUGGGUUCGUGAUUUAUUUAUUAAUGGAUCUUUAUCAGAUCCAUUAGUACAAAAUAUUUCUGCAAAACAAUUAUCAGUUUUAUUGCCGCAUAUAUUUAAGCAGAUUAUCUUGGCUAUAGAAAUUAGUGAUAUGACGGAUAUUACCACGAUAUUAGGUGGAUUUGAAUAUUUUUUACAGCCAUUUAUGCUUGUUGGUUCUAUUAAGAUUAUUUAUUGGUUAGAUCAAUAUUUGGCCAGUUUAAAGACGGAUUCAAUUUCUGAUCAAUUCCUGCAAAAUAUUGCUUCAAUUUUAAAUUGUCUUUUAAACCCACCAAAUUUAAAUGAAGAUUCCAGGGCAUUACAUAAAGCAAUUUUGAGGUUGAAUGCACCUCAUUUAAUUAAAGUUUUAAGAAGAUUCAGAUCCUCAUCGCAAUCAAAUUAUAACGUGUACUCAUCAGAUUCCCAAGGAUCAUCAUCCAUUGAGACUGUUAUUACAUCCUUGAUCUCAGCUUUAAGUGUCUCUCCAUGCUAUGAUCUUGAUCCACGAAUUAUUAAUAAUGAGAAUACAUUUUCACAAAAAAAGUUAGGUUAUGAGAAGUUUUUAAUCUUGAAUGAAAAUCCUAUGAAUAAAAUUAUGUCUAAUCAAAUGAAUUUAUUUUGGAAUAUGCAUAGUAGUACAUAUUAUAAUUUGGAUUAUCUUUAUCAAGUGAUUCAUUUGGUGACACCUAAAUCAUUUUUAUUUGAUAUUUUACAAUCACUUGAAUUCAAAAUGAAUACUUAUUUUGCAGCAAAUACUAUCCGUAAAAACUCUGUUUCUAUUGAUAUGGACAGUGUAUUAGAUCAUGUAUUUUAUUUCUUAGUAUUACAUGAUAUUGGAUCUAAGAAAGAAGCUGAUGAAUUUUUGAAAUUACUCGACAAGGAUGGCCAACUUUCAAAUGAGAAUAAUAAUGUAAAUGAUUAUUCAGAACAAAAGAGUUUGCAUACUGCCACUUCUACUAUUAAUACUAGCAACAACGAUACUAGUAAUAAUAGUAACAAUAAUAAUAGCACUAACGAUGAUAUUAGCAAUAACGACACUAGCAAUCCUGAUAACAAUAUCAAUAAUAAUAAUAAUAAUAAUAAUAAUAAUAAUAAUAAUAAUAAUAAUAAUAAUAAUAAUAAUAAUAAUAAUAAUAAUAAUAAUAAUAAUAAUAAUAAUAAUGAAAUAGUAUCGAAUGAACCGCAAAAUUCUGAAAAUAUCAAGCAAGAGACACAACAAACACAGUUAAACUCUGAUCCAAUCCUCGAUGAUGAUUUUGAUAUGUUAUUUGGAGAGAAUGAUACUAGCAUGCACGGGCAAGAUGAUGAUUUAGGUUUACAGCAAGACACAUUGGAUGAAGAAAACCCAAUAGAAAUGAUUAAGGAUGAAGCAGAAAAGCCAAACCUCGAAGUUACUAACCAGAGUAGCAAUUAUGUCAUGCUAAAAAAGGAUACCUUUGGCUGGAUUUUAUACGAGUUGAAAAUGGCCCAAGAUGAAAUCAAUGAUUCUUCUAAGAUGGAGGUGACUCAAAAAGAGAAGAUCAGUAAAUAUUACGACAAGUACCUGGAUAUGUUAAAGACAUGUAUAUUUUAG